AACCUAAUCCCGAACGGAAGUUGCUGGUUAGAAAGGCCACCUUGGAGCUCCUUGGAGCACCUCAACGCAAUAUCUGAUCAGAAGCAGCAGGAAGCCUACUUCCCCCGAGAAGCUCAUAAUCUUUCCUCUUGGGUCUUGCCCUCGCUCCCUUCCCCAGCACAACAGAGAUUUGGAUCAAGCACCAUGGCUCCGAGGGUAUCAGUUCUGCGUCGAAUGACGCUGGGCAUGAAGAAGAAAGAGCAACUGGCACUGGACGAGCUCAAGAAUGUGAAGGAGUUUUUUGGCGACAUUAUCGAGGAAGAGGAGGAGCCAGAAGAGCAGCCCGUCACAGAAGAAGAACCUGAGAAGCGCUCAUCCAAUUCCAAGAAGGACAAGUACAAGAGCAUUCUUCACAGUACCGGGAUGGACGACAUGUCUUCUUCCCACGCAGCGGGUCGGCAAAGAUCACGAUCUCCCCGCCGAAACACUACCAUGGUGGUCCCAUCACCGGCACCCAACUCUGGUUUGUCUCUGCGGAACUCCACCUCGUUGUUGAGAAAGUCGUCUCAGCCCAGCAAGGCCACUCUCUCCAAGUCGGCUACUGCGGCUACUACUUCUACCACCACUGUACCGGUACAAGAAGCGACCAAACAGUCCCACAAAAAGACGGAACGCCGCAUAACCGCCAUGCGGAAGCAAAAGCCACAGCGAAAUGCAUCCAUCAAGCGACAAGCCAAGCGCGCAUCUGAUGGAAGUAGCAAUUCCAAGCGCCACUCCAAGUCUCGAGGAUCCAAGCGGACCAGCAUCACGAUUAGUUCCAACGACUUUCUCUGCGAGACCAAUGAAGUAUUCAAAGAGAACUACAAGUUCAACGAUGUCAUGUACGAGGGAGAAUUUUGCCGGAUCCACUCCUGUACGCACCUCGCUACCAACACUUCUCGUGUGGUCAAGGUGGUCAUGGAACAAGACGGAGAUCACUCUUGCGGUAGCAGCAACGGUGGGGAUGACACGGAAGAAAUGUCAGACUUUUGCUGCCACAUGCGAGACUGUCCCGAAUUUGAGAUUAUGCGAACAAUUGACUCUCCAUUUGUGCCCAAGGUCUAUCGCAUGUACAAUCAAUCCAAUCAUCACAUGAUUGUCAUGGAGAAAUGCCAUGGCAACAGUCUCGAGAAGGAAUUGGCUGCUCACACCCAACAUGGACUCUUGGAAGAACACCAUGUCAAGGACAUUAUGUGGCAAAUGUUUUCCUGUCUCAAUUAUCUUCACGAAACUGCAUUGGUGGUUCAUGGGGACAUUCGGCCCUGCAACCUAAUGUUGGACCAAGAACAUGACUUUGGCAAGAUCAAGCUCAUUGACUUUGAUGCUGCUGCGAGGCUCAAAGACAAGGAUGACAAGAUCAGGGAACGCCGAGGAGGUGGCAGUGGACGAGACAUUGUUUAUCAAGCUCCAGAAGUCCACGGCUCCAAACCAAAGUACAACUCCAAGGCUGACAUGUGGUCUUGUGGUAUUAUCAUGUAUCAGAUGCUCUUUGGCAGGCUGCCCUUUGUGGAAAGCAGUCGCAAAAUCAAGAAAGGCAUCGAAGAGGAUCAGGACAAGUUUCCCAAGAGCAUCAAAAAGACUGAGAAGGACAUUGUCAGGCGAAUGCACCGAAGCAAGCUGCGCUUCCCUCAUGGUACCAAUGUGUCAAAAGAAGUCAAGGACCUCAUUGCCUCAUUGUUGCAUCCCAACAGCAAGAGGCGUCCUAAUGCUGCCAAGGUUCUCCGUGACAGGUGGUUUCGCCGAGACAAUGCCAGGAACAACGAAGCCGGUAGUGCUGCCCUCGAGAUAUAUGGGCCAGCUUCUCCAGAUACAACAGACCCCAUGGCAGAGAUGGACCGCAUGAGCCGGUUGGCCAACCUUCGCAAGCACAACCCCAACUCUCGUCUCAAACAGGCCGCCCUUUCCCUUAUGGUAGCAGACAUGCUGACCAAAGAAGAACAUACCAAGAUUGAUCAAGCCUUUCAAAAGCUUGACAUGCACCAUGAUGGCAAGUUACGUCGCCAUGAAGUUCGAGCUGGUUUCUUGCUAGCCUUCAACACUCCUCUCACUGAAGAUGAGUUGGAUGAUAUCUUUGUGAGAUGCGACUCCAAUAGAAAUGGCAGCCUAGACUACAGUGAGUUCGCUGUGGCCAGUAUGAGUGAGAAGGAGCUUCUGACCGAUGACCGCCUGAAACGAGCCUUCAAACGUUUUGAUAAGCACAAGAGAAGGUGCAUUGGGAGGGCGGAACUGCAGGCUGUGCCAGCAUUUUCUCGUUGCAGCAAAGACCAACUAGACUUUAUCAUUGCAGAGGUGGACCUGAAGGGCAAUGGAUACAUUGAUUUUGACAACUUUGUCAAGUGCAUGCGGACUGGUGGUAUCUUUUAGACCAAAGUUGCUGGCUGACCACACUGGUUGCAAUGAUGGUGCUGGUAGGAUGAUGUGAUUACAACCAUGGAAGGAAGAGCGAGUGAGUGCAAGUAAAGAAGACCCUGGCAACACUGAUUUGGUUCAGAUGUCAUGGGUAUCACUCCCAAGUACAUGGUGUUAUUGACGAGGAACCAAGACUACCUGGUACCAAAUAUAGCUAGCAAUAUACAAUCAUUAGUAGCAA